GUGUGUUUCAUUUUCAUGUUCUCCCCUCAUAGUUUUCUAUUUCUCUCCCUCAGAGGCUCCAACCGUCGUGCCUUUAAGGUGGCAGCACUGACAACCAUUGCAUGCCUGCUGCUGGCCAGCCAGGUCUUCACUGCCUACAUGGUGUUUGGCCAGAAGCAGGAGAUCCACUCGCUGCAGAGAAACUCAGAAAGAUUGGGCAAACAGCUUGCCCGCUCAUCCAAAGCUCCAAUGAGGAUGCAGAUGCCCAUGAUGAGUCUUCCUCUGCUGAUGGACUCGACUUUAGAUGAGAACGCCAAGACACCCAUGACUAAACUGAAGGACAGUGUUGUCGGCUUGGAGACACAGCUGAAGGAUCUCAUGCAGCAGGACUCCCAGCUGCCGCAGUUCAACGAGACCUUCCUGGCCAACCUGCAGAGCAUGAAGCAGCACGUGAAUGAGAGCGAGUGGAAGAGCUUUGAGUCCUGGAUGCGUUACUGGCUGAUCUUCCAGAUGGCCCAGCAGAAUCCUCCAACCCCAACACCGGAAUCAGCCUCUGUGAUCAAGACCAAAUGCCAGACGGAGGCAGCAACUGGAGUCAGCAAGGUCGGUGCCUACAAGCCCCAGUGUGACAAGCAGGGCCACUACAAGCCCAUGCAGUGCUGGGCCCCCACCGGCUUCUGCUGGUGCGUGGACGCGACUGGCAAGCCCAUCGAGGGCACCAGCAUGCGCGCCCGCCCCGACUGUCAGAGAGUUCAACCUAGGAUGGUUGCCCCCAUGCUGAUGCAGAAGACCCUCAGCGUUGAUGAUGAGUGAAAACAAGUGAAGCAGAGGGUUUGCAGUUUCUUUUCAUCAAGCUCUGCAGACAUGAGAAAAAAGUUAUUUUAAGCUGGAUGCAGACCCGCCUACAGUUAAUGUUUUAAUUCCUGAUCAGUUCGUGCACUUCCAUGUAAUUUCUAAUUUUCACUAUUUUGCUGGCUGCUUGAAAUAAAAUCAAUAUAGGGCUGUUACAGUGUAUUGCUUUUAACAUUUAAUCUUUGUCUUUUAUAUAUUUUGGAGGUGUUCUGGACAUUUUAAUCUUGAUAUUCACAUAAUCACACUUUUCUCACUGACCUCUAGCAUGUCGACAUGGAGGUAGUUCAGUUUUGAAGACAUCGUCUGAGAAGUCUGCCUGCACGCUACAACAAUGGAGGCAAAUUAAAGUUUGCUUAUGGUGCAUACAGCAUUGAAACAUUACAUUUAAAAUAUAACAGCCAGACUCUUUCCUGAAAAGGUGAAGUCUGGAUUAUUCAGAGUAACGGGGACACAGACUCUCAGGAGAGAUUUUUAUUAAUGCUGUGAGCACCACAAAUUAACCUCCGAUAAAUAAAACCAAAACUAUCUGCAUGGCUAUAUAUGGGUUUAGUGAGAAUAUGUGCUUUGUAAUUUUGGUGAACCUACUCUUUAAAAAGACUGAACGUAUGAGAUGGAGACUGAGGAUGUUUGUGAUAAGGUUCAAUAAAUUUUUCUGACCACA